AGGUCAUGUGACAGACCCAUAAUAUCUGAUUUUCCGCGCACAAACGACAAAUUUUGGCCGCACUAGAAUUCACAGCCAGAUCCAUCCAAACGCAACACCAAAAGCUUCCUUUCAACACAAUCUUCGACAACGUCCUGACUUGCGAACCACAUUCACUUCGCAAACAUGGCGGUUGGAAAGAACAAGAGAUUGUCUAAGGGCAAGAAAGGCCUCAAGAAGAAGGCCCAGGACCCUUUCGCCCGAAAGGACUGGUACUCCAUCAAGGCCCCCGCUCCCUUCAACAUCCGAGAUGUUGGCAAGACCCUCGUGAACCGAACAACCGGUCUUAAGAACGCCAACGAUGCCCUCAAGGGCCGAAUUUUCGAGGUUUCCCUAGCCGAUCUACAGAAGGAUGAGGACCAUGCAUUCCGCAAGGUCAAGCUACGCGUCGACGAAGUGCAGGGCAAGAACUGCCUGACCAACUUCCACGGAUUGGACUUCACUUCCGACAAGCUACGAUCUCUGGUGCGAAAAUGGCAAUCUCUUAUCGAGGCCAACGUCACCGUCAAGACCACCGACGAAUACCUCCUACGCCUCUUCGCUAUCGCUUUCACCAAGCGACGACCCAAUCAGAUCAAGAAGACCACCUAUGCCGCUUCAUCUCAGAUUCGUGCCAUCCGAAAGAAGAUGGUGGAGAUCAUUCAGCGCGAGGCUGCUACUUGCACCUUGCAGCAACUGACCUCCAAGCUGAUCCCUGAGGUCAUCGGUCGCGAGAUCGAGAAGUCCACCCAAGGCAUCUACCCCCUUCAGAACGUCCACAUUCGCAAGGUCAAGCUCCUAAAGUCACCCAAGUUCGACCUCGGUGCCCUGAUGAACCUGCACGGAGAGUCCACGACGAACGAGGAGGGACAGAAGGUCGAGCGCGAGUUCAAGGAACGAGUCCUUGAGGAGGUCUAAUUAUGAUGAACUCUGGUCAUGGGACGGCGUGGGUUUUUGUGCAAUGGCAAUAGGUCUCACUUCUGAUUGCAUUCGGCGCAGCAUGGUAGCUGCGAUUACAGCAGCCAUCUCAGGACAUAAAAAAAUGAGAAAGGUUAGCUGAUGAUUUAUGGAUGGUUUUCUUGGUGAUUAUAGACAUGUGAUCUGAUGUUGGUCUUCCAUAUCCUGACAGACUAUUUGGUAUCGGAAUAACCGGAAGCCAGAUACUGAGCAGGGCAUGCGCAUGGCAUUGAUACUCCUACACGUAUCUGAUGAUGCCUGUUCCUGCUGUCUUAUUCCAUCUUGCAUUUAUGGAUCCAUGAGUAACCUUUUUAGGACACUGCUCCAUUCUGAUAGGUUUGAGGUCCUUAACAUGCGGCUCCUUGAUGCACCUGGUUAAGAUUCCAUAUUUCACAUGCAUACCUACUAUAUAUCAUGUGAAUACUGCGCCCAUGGAGUGUCUUUACUUAUGUACCUAGGUAAGUACAUACAUAAUCUAUCAUACGAAUAGUUUAAAUACCUGAUAUUUGUGACAUGGCUGCUCUUUCCACGACAUUGAGGGUCCUGCCAAUCAUUU